AUGCAGCUCAUUGAAAAGAAGUUCUCUAGUGCUAUUAAACUAUUAGGUUCUAACUGGAGCACUGCCCCAAACAUUGCACAAAGUCGCCCCAUCACCAUCUCUGAAAGUAUAGAGCCAAAACUGUAUGGGAGGGAGCUUAUGGUGAAGAGCAUCAUAGAUGAUAUCACAAAGGGUAAACAUUCUGGUGAGGUCCUCACAGUUAUUCCAAUUAUUGGUCCAGGGGGCAUAGGAAAGACAACUGUUGCACAACAUAUAUAUCACAGUGGAGAGGUGCAAAAACAUUUUGAUGUAAAAGUUUGGACAUGUGUCUCACUCAACUUUAAUGUGAAUAAGCUGAUAGAAGAGAUUCAAAGAUAUAUCCCUAAAGAUGAUCAUGAAAGUUGUAAUGGUGCUGCUAGUGAGUUGAUUGGGCAAAGAUUGAAAAAUAAGAGGUUUUUGCUUGUAUUAGAUGAUAUAUGGGACUGUUGUGAUGAGGAUGAAUGGAAACGGCUGCUGGUGCCAUUCCGAAAAUCACAAGUACUGGGUAAUAUAAUUAUAGUCACAACUCGAUUUCCAGCACAAGCACACAUAAUGGUUCGGAAAAAUGAUCAUUCAAUAUAUUUGCAAGGUCUAGAUAGUGAACCAUUUGAGGAAUUACUCCUAAAUAUUAUCUUUGGUGAUGAUGAUCAAUCUAGAAAGGACCAUAUAUUCUUGCUUGAAAUUGGGAUUAUGAUAGCUGAUUACAGAUUUGAAGGAGAAGAGCUAAUUAACUUCUGGAUAGGACAAGAAGCUUUGCAUUAUUCACCACAUGGUGAAAGUAAAAGAGUUGAAGAUAUCGGGCUAAGUCAUUUGACUGAGUUGGUUAAUUAUGGAUUUUUGGAAGAUGAAGGGGAAAAGGAUGGAAGAACUUGUUACAUCAUUCAUGAUCUCUUACAUGAAUUAGCACGAAAAGUUUCAUCACUUGAAUGCCUUAGCAUAGACACUCAAUCUCAAUUUCCAGUUGAAUCGCUGGCCAUCAGGGGCGAGGGGAGUGCUAGUGGGAAAGAGUUGACACAGCUACUUGUCUACUUCCCAAACCUCUCAGAUCUGAAGCUGUGGUUCUGUGCAAAGGUAACAGGGCUGGCUGUGAAUGUGAGGGGACAGCACGCAACAGAGACGCCCGGAACAACAACUUCAGCUAACAAAGAGGAUCAGCAGCAGGAUGCAAGAGCAAAUGUCGACGUAAUAGUCGCAUCAGAAGAAGCAGAACAUGGCCUAUUGAUUUUGCCUCCCCAACUGCAGGACCUGGAGAUCCAUGGCAGCCCAAAGCUGCGACUCCUUGGCUCCAAUCCACAUGACGACAGCAACAAAGAUGGACGAACUGGGCAAGGAGGAGGGCUCUGGGGAGCGAUCGGCACGGGGGCUGAACUGCCUCUAUCAAACCUCACUGCUCUCACAAGUUUAUCCAUAUACCGAUGUGGGGAUUUAAGAGGCGAGGGAUUGUGGUCUCUCCUCGCCCAAGGCCAUCUCAAAGAAUUAUUUGUUCGAGGAAACCCCAAUUUUUUUGUUGAUUCCGAACAGGAGAUUCCAUCCUGUUCCUCAAAACUGCAGAGGCUCGACAUAGAUGAUGUGUCUGGAUUCACUGCUGCGGCCAUUCGUCAUAGCCUGCUCUUUUCCUCGCUCACCGUAUUGAGUAUUUGUGGGGAUUACAAGGUGAAGAGCUUCACAGAGGAGCAAGAGGCCCUUCUGUUUGUCGACUCCCUCGGGGAUAUCACAUUUAUUUGCUGCCACAACCUGCAGUCCCUCCCUGAACGGCUACCUAGACAUCCCAACCUCAAGAGGUUACACAUCUGGGCGUGCGGAGCAAUCCAGAUGCUGCCCAAGGAGGGCCUCCCAAGUUCACUGCAAGAGUUGUAUAUCAGAGAAUGUCCAAAAAUCCAGUCACUGCCCAAGGUGGAUGACCUUCCAAGCUCCCUGCGAUAUUUAAAUGUCCGUGAAAGCGGAAGCGAGGAGCUAAGGAGACAGUGCCGCAAGUUGAUAAAUAUCAUUCCAAUAGUCGAAGUCUGA